UCUCUCUCUCUCUCUCUCUCUCUCUCUCUCUCAGAUCUGCAACUGCAUAUCGAAACGAACCAGAGCCGAGCACCGCCAUGGCAGCACUAGCAGCAGGACCGGACCACCUCUUCAACCUCCGCAACAACUUCUACCUUGGCGCCUACCAGGCCGCCAUCAACAGCAGCGACCUCCCCAACCUCUCGCCGGACGAAGCCGUCGAGCGCGACUGCCUCGUUUUCCGAUCCUACAUAGCCCUCGGCAGCUACCAGCUCGUCAUCAACGAGAUCGACUCCUCCGCCGCCACUCCUCUCCAGGCCGUCAAGCUCCUCGCUCUCUACCUCUCCGGCCCCGAUUACAAGGAAUCGGUGAUCUCGAAUCUUAAGGAGUUGCUGGCGGAUCCGGCGAUCGGGAACAACCCGAUUCUGAGGAUGGUCGCCGGGACUGUGUUUAUGCACGAGCAGGACUACAAUGAAGCUCUCAAGUACACGCAUGCCGGCGGCAAUUUGGAACUGGAUGCGCUGAAUGUUCAAAUAUUCAUCAAGAUGCAUAGGGCUGAAUUUGCUGAAAGAAAGCUGAAGGAAAUGCAAAAGAUUGAUGAGGACCACACCCUAACUCAACUUGCAACAGCAUGGCAAAAUCUGGCAGUGGGUGGUUCUAAGAUACAGGAGGCAUAUCUCAUCUUCCAAGAUUUCUCUGAGAAGUCUCAGGUUACAACCUUGAUUUUGAAUGGAAAGGCUGUUUGCUGCAUACACAUGGGAAACUUUGAUGAAGCUGAAACACUGCUUCUUGAAGCACUGAACAAGGAUGCAAAGGAUCCAGAAACUCUAGCCAACCUGGUAGUAUGCUGUCUUCACCUUGGAAAAUCACCUUCUCGUUUUCUCAGCCAAUUAAGACUUGCACAUCCAGAGCAUGUCCUCGUCAAACGUGCCGCAGCUGCAGAAGAGAGCUUUGACAGAGCUGUUCAAUCAGUUGCUUGAAAUCUCAGAGGUGGAUUUCACACACAAGAGCUAAUUUCUGCUAUUGUAUACUCCUCACACCUUUUGUGACGGUUCUUCUUUUGAUUUUGUAAGCUAAGAAAUUGAGAAUAUAUUAAUUGAAUUGAAAAUGUGUAUUUGGUGACACAGAUCAAAGUUUUAUACUAUUCGUUCCUGAUCUCAUUGUUGGAUAUGAUACUGCAUGUAUUAAAUGUUUUCAGGAAUUUGGAUUAUGGAUGUGUGCGUCGCACUUCUGUUCUGAUGCGUCGUUUGAAUUUUGAAUGAUAAAUUCUUAACUAG